AUGGCACAGCAGAGGUGCAGGGAAGUUUGUUUUGUUAGCGUCGCCACCACUUUACACUUUGCCCUAGGUACUAAGGUACCUAAUAAGGUAGGUACAGCUACCCAACCCGGACUUCCCGGCCACUCGUCGACUAUUCGACAUUCCGGCCGCAUCCAACCGUCGUCGCCCAGCACACUAAGCACCGACGCGUUUUCCUCUGACAAGGCAAACACCACCACCGCCAGUUACCUUGCCCGUGACGAGAACGGCCUUGAGCGUGCCUCUACCAGCCCUGAUGCAGCUUCUCACGCCACUCGACACGAUGAUCGCAGCCUUCCACGCCCACCCCACGGCCUCGAAUGCCGCUCCGUUAGCGCCUUGUCCAGCAACAAUCUCUCCUCUGUCACAUCACCGCAGGACGAGGGGCAGGGGCCUGUCCUAGACACCAAGGAGGGGGCCCUCGAUACCUUCAGCCGUCAAAAUACCCAUGACACCAACGACAACCACGUCAGCGACAACAUCAACCCUCCUCGCAAGCGCACUUUUAUCGAGGAGGCUCGUAGAUCCUUUUGGCUCGUCGCUACCUACAGCUGGUUGAACGUCCUGCUCGUUUUUGUCCCCGCUGGCAUCAUCGUUGCCAACAUUAAAGGCAUCAAUGGUGGCGUUGUCUUCGCCAUGAACUGCAUUGCCGUUGUACCCCUCGCCGGUCUCUUGAGCCACGCCACCGAGUCUGUUGCCAGUAAAAUGGGAGACGCUCUCGGUGCCCUUCUCAACAUUACCUUUGGUAAUGCUGUUGAGCUCAUCAUCUUCAUCAUCGCCCUCUCCAAGAAUGAGAUUCGUAUUGUCCAGGCUUCCCUCUUGGGCUCUAUCCUUGCCAAUUUGCUCCUCAUUCUCGGCAUGGGCUUCUUCCUUGGCGGCCUGCGCUUCCGAGAGCAAGUCUACAACAGCACCGUCACUCAAAUGAGUGCCUGUCUCCUCAGCUUGAGUGUCAUUAGCCUGGUUCUCCCCACGGCCUUCCAUGCAUCCUUCAAGGAUGACAACCUGGCCAACGAACGCUCUCUCAAGAUUAGUCGUGGCACCAGUGUUAUCCUGCUGCUCGUCUACAUUUUAUAUCUGCUCUUCCAGCUCAAGUCCCAUGCUUACAUGUACGAGUCAACCCCCCAGCAUAUUGUCGACGCCGAGGCCAUUCCUGGUCCCGCUGCUGGCUGGCUCAACUCGUCGAGUUCCGACGAGAGCUCCUCGUCCAGCUCCGACUCGGACGACUCGAGCCGCUCCAGAGACACUGUCCGCAAGCGCAUGCGCAAGGUUCUCCGCUCCCGACGCCGCACCAAGUCGUCAACUGCUUCUCAGGAUGGCAACGACAAGGACGCUCGCUCUUCCUCUUUCGGGACUAAUAACACUAGUCCUCAAGAUGAAAUAGGGCUUUCGGAAGCAUCCUUGUCUAAGUCUCCCUUUUUCUCUAGAAUGCCUUCAGUGGACAAUGUGGAAGAGGCUAUUGAAGAAGAUGAGGCCCCAACCAAGCAUAGGAAAGACCGCCGCCGUCACAAGCAUCGUUCCAGCAAGAGGCGUCAUAAGUCUUCUCGCCGUCAUCAAGACCUUCCUGGCGACGGCCAACCCAUGGACAAUGGCACCGGUUCGGCGCAGAAUAACAACAAUGAGCCAAAGCGUGUCGACUUUGCACUUCCCAAAGACUCUUCACCCAUCGCUGGGGAGGACCAAGUCCGGCCGCUCACGUCAACCGACGCCACUGCCUACGAACAGGCGUCGAUGAAGCGCCCUGCCUUUCAAGCCCUCCGAACCAUCUCGGUCCGAAAUUUCGCGCCCACUGUCUUUGCUCAAAAGCCUGAUGCCGCAGAUUUGUUCCCCGCCCCCGCUCCCGGUCCUGUUCCCCGCGUUCGUUACGGUAUCCGUCGUACCAACUCGUUGCCUGACAGGCUCUCCCAGCCUCAGCAGCUUGGUCGCGCCCCAGGAGCCUUUUUCCCCGCCCAGGUCCCUCUGACGACUUUCCGCACCGGCACCGUUCCUUCGGCCCACGACGUCGAUAUUGACGACGAUGGUCACCUCACCAAGUGGGCGGCCAUUAUUCUGCUUCUGAUCAGUACUGGCUUGGUCGCCGCCUGUGCCGAGUUCCUGGUGGCUUCCAUCAAGGAUGUCACAGGCGAGUCGUCGAGCGUAGGCGAAAUAUUCAUCGGUCUCAUCAUUCUGCCCAUUGUUGGCAACGCUGCCGAGCACGUGACUGCCAUCACCGUCGCCAUGAAGAACAAGAUGGACCUAGCUAUUGGUGUCGCUGUCGGUAGUUCUAUUCAGAUUGCCCUGUUUGUCACGCCUCUGAUUGUCAUUUUGGGUUGGAUCAUGGAUCGCGAAAUGACGCUCUACUUUACAUUGUUUGAGACAGUUUGUCUCUUUGUCUCGACAUUCAUCGUCAAUUUUCUCGUCUUGGACGGACGCAGCAACUACCUCGAAGGAGCGCUGCUCUGUGCCGUCUACGUGAUCAUCGCUGUCGUGGCCUUCUUCUACCCCAGCCCUUCGGAAGCGAGCAGCUGGGGAAGCUAA